GCGCGGGUGGACAGCACUGCAGAGAGAAGAUAUCUCUCUCUCUCUCUCUCUGUCCAAGGAGAGCGAGGGAAGCCAUGACCCAACUUCUUCUUCGAAGGGUCUCCUCCAGUUUCCCACAAGUUGUCGGAUUCACAAGAAGGGCUUUCAGUUCAUGGCGUUUAUCCAGAGACCCUUCCACGCCCACUCCCAAUCUCGGAGUCCACGUCUUUCACUGCCCUGAUGAUGUUGGGAUUGUCGCCAAGCUAUCGGAGUGCAUUGCUGUGAGAGGGGGAAGCAUUUUCAACGUCGACGUCUUUGUUCCCGAAAACAAACAGGUUUUCUAUUCUAGAAGCGAAUUUGUCUUCGACCCCAUCAGAUGGCCACGGGCUGAAAUGAAUGAGGACUUCCUCAAGCUGUCACAGAUGUUUAACGCAAUGAAAUCUGUUGUACGGGUUCCCAAGUUUGACCCCAAAUAUAAAAUAGCAGUUCUCGCUUCAAAACAGGACCACUGUCUGGUUGAUUUGUUACAUGCAUGGCAGGAUGGGAGACUUCCUGUUGAUAUAACUUGUGUUAUAAGUAACCAUGACAGAGGUCCAAAUACCCAUGUUAUUCGCUUUCUUGAAAGGCAUGAAAUUCCAUACCAUUGUUUGCGCACAACUCCAAAGAAUAAAAGAGAAAGUGAAAUUUUGGAUUUGGUUCAUGACACGGAUUUUCUAGUGCUAGCUAGAUAUAUGCAGAUUUUAUCUGGAAAUUUUUUGGAGACUUAUGGGAAGGAUGUAAUUAACAUUCACCAUGGCCUUUUGCCAUCCUUCAAGGGUGGAUAUCCUGCUAAACAGGCCUUUGAUUCUGGUGUAAAGUUGAUUGGUGCAACAAGUCACUUUGUAACUGAAGAAUUGGAUGCAGGGCCAAUUAUUGAGCAGAUGGUAGAGAGAGUCUCCCACCGAGAUAACCUUCGGAGUUUUGUUCAGAAAUCAGAGAACCUGGAGAAACAAUGCUUGGAGAAGGCGAUAAAAUCAUAUUGUGAGCUCCGAGUGCUACCCUAUGACGAAAACAAGACUGUUGUAUUUUGAAGGGAAAAUGGAAUGGACAAAAUGUAAUGUUGAAAGAAUUGUACAAUGUAUCUGUUGCCAAUUAUUAUAUAAAAUCUCGUUUCUGUUGUCUCACCAA